AUGGGUAUUAUUAGAAGUAAAGCUGUUGAUGUGUCUUCUUUCUUUCUCUUCGAGGCUACCGGCGAUUCGGAAUCCGGUGGUAGUUUCGAUGCCGCCAUGGCGGAUAUCAACGGUGAAGACGAUGACGAUGAUGCAGAGUCGUGUAGCUGUGAAACUGUUCUUCCUGGUGUUAUAGAGAUUGAUAGCUUAAAAAACAAAUUUGCUAAUAUUGGUGGUGAUGAUGUUUAUGUUGGUGUUGAUUUUGAUGAUGACGACGAAGACGACGACGGAGUGGUGGAGCAAAGGGAGGUUCAACUGUAUAAGAAAUGUUGCAGGAAUGAUCAACGUGUUGGGGUUUGUGUGGCGAAAGAAAAGAAACCCUCGACGGAUGUUUCCGUCGAGAACUCGAACGAAACCAUGAAUGAGACGGAAAAGAACAGGUUGUUCUGGGAAGCGUGUUUGGCCUCUUAG